AUGUCGGUCGAGCACGCCGUCGAAACCUCUGAAGCAACUCUCGAAAUGAGUGAACGUGAAACUGCACACGGAAACCAUCGAAGUCCCACAAAUGGCACACCUAGUCACCGACAUAGUCCCGCAAGCUCAUAUCCAACGCACACGCACGAGGCCCGUUACAAAGCGCUCCCUCAAUCUGGUCGUCGACUGGAAGAGUUUAUUGGUGGUUACUACCGGAACUACAACCUCUCGUCGCUUCUUGACAUACACCGACAUGACGGGAGGCCGCACGUUCACCUGGAGCUCUGGUCCGCGCCGGCCGGCGCAAAGCCAUCGUUCAAACAGGCAAGGGCCCAGGCGUAUGCCCCAGUGUGGAAGGGCAUGAUUCUUGGCCCAAGCUGGUCAAACCAUUGGUUCAAAGUCACUUUGAACAUCCCGCCCGAGUAUAGCCAAUUUGAAAGCGUCGUGUUCGAGUUUGAUGCCGAAGGUGAAGCCCUCAUCUUUGAUAUCGAGGGGAGGCCUCUGCAAGGUUUGACGGGCGGUACCAACAAAGACCGACGAGUGGGGUUCACUAUCCCAGCCCACGAUGUGGCCGCCGGCACCGUAAGCUACUACAUUGAAGCGAACUGCAACGGAGGCUACGGGGUUGACGACAACAUGUUUAGUGAACAACAGGCAAGUGCCCAUGGCAUGUGUCUUACUGAUGUGCCACAGCCCCGCACCCGUUGGGAGUUGAAGUCAGCCGACCUUGUCGUGCCCAACAUGGAAGCCCACCGCCUUCUGUACGACUUCGAGUUUAUCCAUGACCUGAGCCGGGAGCUGCCGCGUGAGAGCACACUUGCCCAACGCGCGCUAUACACAGCCAACCAGAUGAUGAAUGCCUUCGUUCGCGGCGACCUCGAUAGCGUCCACGAGGCGCGGAAUGCCGCGGACCAGGUCCUGGGGUCCCAGUGGGAGCGGCGCGUCGAGGAGCAGUGCCGACGUGGAGAGCAGCAAGGCCGCACCUCAGACAUCUCACUCUGGGCGAUUGGGCAUUGUCACAUUGACACGGCGUGGCUCUGGCCAUACAGCGUGACGCAGCAAAAGGCGGGUCGGAGCUGGAGCGCCCAGCUCGACCUCCUUGAGAGAUACCCCGAGUUCAUCUUCACGGCGACCCAGCCGCAACAGUUCCAAUGGGUCGAAGAGCUGUACCCUGACCUAUGGGCCCGUAUCCUCGACCGCGUAAAGGAAGGUCGAUUCCAGCCCCUCGGGUGUACGUGGGUCGAGAUGGACACCAAUAUCCCAUCGGGCGAGUCUCUUGUCCGCCAGUUCCUCUACGGGCAGAGGUAUUUCCAGCGCAAGUUUGGCAACAAGUCGCAGACGUUUGUUUUGCCCGACACGUUUGGGUACUCGUCCCAGCUACCCCAGCUGGCGAGGCUGGCAGGCGCACCAAACUUCUUUACCCAGAAGCUGUCUUGGAACGACGUAAACACGUUCCCGCACUCAACCUUCAACUGGGUUGGGCUCGAUGGGUCCCAGGUGCUCACGCACAUGACUCCUGUGGACGCAUACAACGCGCAGUGCAAGGUGCGAGAGCUGCGGAUGGGGAUGACAGGCAAGAACGCCGAUGUAAGCGCGCACGCACUGCUGCUCUUCGGGCACGGGGAUGGCGGUGGCGGCCCCACGGCGCCGAUGCUCGAGAGGCUCCGUCGCACGCGUGCACUCGAAUCGCGUGCCGACGCGGGAGGGGUCAUGCCACGCAUUCGGACGGGCAGCUUUGAAGACUUUUUCGACGCCGUCAGAGCCGACUCUGACAAUGGUGUGCGCUUGCCGACUUGGCACGGCGAGCUUUACCUCGAGCUGCACCGAGCGACGUACACUUCCGGGGGUGCGAUCAAGAAAUCCAAUCGACUGAGCGAGAACCUGCUCCGCGAAGCAGAGUACGCGGCGACCAUGGCGAGCUUGCACGACCCGGAUUACAAGUACCCCAAGGCCCACCUCGACGCCAUUUGGGAAGACGUCAUGCUCAAUCAGUUCCACGACGUCCUGCCCGGGACUUGCAUCACCGAGGUGUACGUUGACACGGCUGAUAUAUAUAGGCGGGUGAAGUGCGACUUGGAAGAGAUCAUCAGCGAGGCUUACGACGUCUUGUACGGCCCCGCUGGCACAAUGGUGCUGGUCAUCAACACUCUGCCUGGCUUUGCACGCACCGAGGUGGUCCAUGUACCGAAAGGCGCACCCAACAGUCAUCAAACCCCGCCCAAUGGUGGGGAGUACGUCUUGGCGAGGAUGGAUGGGCGGCGAGAUGUCGCAGAGCUUGCAGACUAUGCUGGGACGCCAGUGUCGACCCAGGAGGUCUCGCCUGGAGUGUUCGUCCUGUCCAACGCCUUCAUCACCGUUACCAUCAGCAAUGGGCGGAUUACAAGCUUAGUGGACGUUGGUCUCGAGCGUGAACUUCUCGCAGAAGGCGCUUCGGCAGGCCUCGCCAUGUACCAGGACAUGCCCAAUUUCUGGGAUGCCUGGGAUGUGGAUGUUCACCAUCUCCACCAGGUAAAGCACCUGGCCUUUGAUAGCGUGGCUGUCCACGAGUCUGGGCCGCUGCGGGGAAGCCUCAUUGCCAAGCUGAGAUACGGCGACAGCUCGUUUGAGAUCACCAUCUCGCUCGACGCUGUACCCGUGGUCCCCAGUGCAGAGGCUCGCACCAUGCUCCGAUUCAAUGCCCGCGUCGACUGGAAUCAGCAGCACGAGUUUGUCAAGUUUGAGCUCCCGCUCGCAAUCCGGUCCGAGACGGCGACAUACGAUACGCAGUUUGGGAUUCUGCGCCGACCGACACAUCGCAACACUUCGUGGGAUGCUGCCCGCUUCGAGGUUUGUGCGCACCGCUUUGCCGACGUCUCCGAGUGGGGGUACGGCGUCGCUCUGCUCAGUGACUGCAAGUAUGGGUACGCCGUCACGGGCAAUGUCAUGACGUUGUCGCUGCUUCGUGGAUCGCGGAUGCCCGACCCGACCCUCGACAAGGGCACCCACGAGUUCUCGUUUGCCGUUUACCCGCACGCCAAGAGCUUUGGCGAAUCCGACGUUCCUGCCGUGGCCGCCGUGUUCAACAACCCGUUGCGCCUACGGACGUGUGGUGGCCUCGGUCUCGGGGCCCGAGGGUUUUUGGGAACGCCAUUCAGUGUGACUGGCGCGCCGAACGUUGUUCUGGAGACCAUCAAGCGCGGAGAGGAUGACGGCGCAUCAGGUGCCAAGACGAUGAUUGUGCGGCUUUAUGAACACCAAGGUGGCACGGCUCGUGCAGCGGUCAACAUUGCUGGGCUGGCCGUUGCCCGAGCAGAGGUUGUCAACAUUCUCGAGGAGCAUGUCUCAGAGUUGAGCUUGCGGAGGGAGAAUGGGGUGGCUGUUCGAGUCUCCCUGGGGCCGUUUGAGGUCAAGACUGUCAGGUUGACACUCGCGUAG